CCUCAUUUGUUUUUCAACUUCAUUCUGUUUCUCUUCUUUGCUAAGAACCCAUCGUGUAAAUCGCUGCCCUCCAUUGUUUGUUUCUUUUUCUGUUCUUGAGCAUCCAUGAAGGGUUUUUCUUCUUCAACAUCCCCCCUCAAGUUGGAGGGUAAGGAUGAAACCCCUAGCUUGUCCAUGAUUUCGCGAUGAGAAGCCCCAGCAAAGGGUUUAGUGAACAGAUCGGCUAGUUGAUAAUGAGAUGGGACAAAAGAUAAAGAGAUUAAACCGGAGAGGAAUUGCUGACAUACAAAAUGGCAGUCUAGAUCGACAUUUUUUGUGCGUUCGUAAAAUUGGGUUACGAGGGAUGUGAAUCGCCGCCUGGCUGUCGGAGUGUACAAGAAUAAGAAGAGGUGGAGGUGCAGACAAGUCUUCAAGUAAAUGCACAAGCCAGGAGCUCCUCCCAGAGUGAUAAAAUACCCACAAACAGAUCUUCUUGUAUCUUUGCAUGACGCCCAAUCGGCAUCGCAAAAAGCCAAAAGGUCCAUAGAUGGUGUUGAUGAUAAGAGAAUACCUUGACCAGGGUCAGAUUGAAGGUAUCUAGAGACAUGAAGUGCUGCUGAGAAAUGCAGGACACUUGGUUUUUGCAUAUAUUGACUGAGACAAAGAACAACAUAGGAGAGAUGUGGCCUGAUUCAAGCUUUGUGCCACCAAUGAUAUAUGCCAUGUUGGGAAGUUCGAAGCAUUUGGCAAUAGGGAAUGUGGCGGUUCCAUCACUUCUCAUUUCUGCAAUGCUUGGGAAAGUAGUUAAUCCUCACGAAAAUCCCAAGCUUUAUCUACAGUUGGUAUUCACUGCUACUUUCUUUGCUGGAGUUUUCCAAGCUUCAUUAGGCUUGUUAAGGCUGGGGUUUAUAGUGGACUUUCUGUCGCACGCAACAAUAUUAGGGUUCAUGGGUGGAGCAGCCACUGUUGUGUGCUUACAGCAACUCAAAGGAAUACUUGGGCUCGUUCAUUUCACCCCCCAAACUGACAUUGUCAGUGUUAUGUGCUCUAUCUUUAGCCAAAUGCAUCAGUGGAGAUGGGAAAGUGGAGUCCUAGGUUGCUGUUUCCUCUUCUUCCUCUUGCUAACCAGAUAUUUUAGCAAAAAGAAGCCAGCUUUCUUUUGGAUGAGUUGUAUGGCGCCUCUAACAUCAGUGAUUUUGGGAAGUGUUCUUGUUUAUUUCACCCAUGCUGAAAAAAAUGGCGUUCAAGUGAUUGGGCACUUGGAAAAGGGGAUAAAUCCACCAUCGUAUUCUGAAGUGGCAUUUAGCUCACGGUAUCUUACAUCUGCCAUUAAGACUGGAAUCGUCACCGGUGUCAUCGCCUUGGCUGAAGGAAUAGCAGUAGGAAGGAGUUUCGCCAUACUGGAGAACUAUGACGUUGAUGGAAACAAAGAAAUGAUUGCCUUUGGGCUAAUGAACAUUGCUGGUUCUUGCACCUCUUGCUACUUAACCACGGGAUCAUUUUCCCGAACAGCGGUGAAUUUUAAUGCAGGAUGUAAGACAGCAGUGUCCAAUAUGGUAAUGGCAACAGCAGUGAUGAUAACAUUGUUGUUGCUAACACCAUUGUUCUAUUACACACCCCUUGUUGUUCUUUCCUCCAUUAUAAUUUCAGCCAUGCUAGGCAUAAUUGACUACAAUGCUGCUGUCCACCUUUGGAAAGUUGACAAAUACGAUUUCCUCGUAUGCAUUAGUUCCUAUAUUGGAGUCGUCUUUGGUAGUGUUGAAGUUGGCCUAAUAGUCGCGGUGGCAAUGUCUUUACUUAGGAUACUUCUCUUUGUAGCAAGGCCAAAGACAUUUGUUUUAGGUAAAAUACCUAAUUCAAUGACCUAUAGAAGUACUGAACAAUAUUCAGCAGCAAGCAGUGUUCCUGGAGUUCUCAUCAUUCACAUUGAUGCCCCCAUCUAUUUUGCAAAUGCAAGUUAUUUGAGGGAAAGAAUAUCAAGAUGGAUAGAUGAAGAAGAAGAGAAGCAAAGAAUAUCAACAGAGAUUGAGCUGCAAUAUGUCAUAUUGGAUAUGAGUGCUGUUGGAAACAUUGAUACAAGUGGAAUUAGUAUGCUUGAGGAAGUGAAGAGAAUUGCCGAUAGACGAUACCUUAAGGUUUUAUUGGCAAAUCCUGGAGGGGAGGUGAUGAAGAAGCUGGACAAGUCAAAUUUCAUUGACACAAUUGGCAAAGAAUGGAUCUAUUUAACAGUUGGUGAAGCUGUAAAUGCAUGCAAUUAUAUUCUUCACACUUGCAAGUUCCAAUCCAAGAGAAUUGAUUCUUCAGAAACUCCAGAUGAUAAUGUAUAAUGAUCCCAUUAAAAUAAUCAAAGUGUAUUAGUAUUAAUUAAUUAAUUAAUUUCUCUUUACUGUUUCACCAAGUGAAACAUCUUAGAGCUUGUUUAUUUACCCUAAUGCAAUUUUGUAAAAUUCAUAUAUCUGUGCUAAGUUAUUGGAAGUUGCUUUAAUAUUCCAGUGCUCUACUAUUGUACUUCUCUUGUCCAAGAAAUAUUGCAA